UCCGGCUUCCGUUGUCUCUGCAUGUGUCAGCUGGGAUUUUUUCUGCCGGUGAAUCUGUGGAAGGAGAUUUUUUUUUGUUUGUGUGUCACUGUUAAAAAACGCUGCAGAUUAAGUUCCCUCGCAUUAAAUCGAUUUAAUCGACGAACCCGAUCGAAGUUAUGUUCGUGUCGGUGAUUCCAUCGUCGCAAAGUUAACCGGAACCGGUGGAUCGUGGAGGUUUAGCGGCUCCGGUUGUGACAGUGAAAAAUGGGAAAGAAACGGGCGAAGGACAAAAGCCCCAGAGAGGAUGAGGAGAUCGACCUGACGGGGCCAAACUGCAGGCACAUCAAGAAAGGAACAGACCAGACUCUCCUCAAGAAGCUGACGGGCAGCUCGGACUGGACCAGCUGCCAGGAUUGUAAGCACGAUGAAAACAAAGAGAACUCUGACACCAACCAGGCGCAGCAGGAGGAGGAGGAGGAGGAGAGUGGAGGAGCAGCCGUGUGGAUGUGUCUGAAAUGCGGCCACAGAGGCUGCGGGCGCCACUCUGAGAACCAGCACGCCAUCAAACACUACGAGACUCCGCGGUCAGAACCCCAUUGCCUGGUGGUCAGCAUGGACAACUGGAGUGUGUGGUGUUAUAUAUGUGACGAUGAGGUGCAGUACUCCAGAACUGGGCAUCUGUCUCAGCUGGUGACCAGCCUACAAAAGCAAAGUUCUGCAGAACCCAUAAAGAGACCACAGAAGAGAGUGAAAGAGGAAGAGGUCUUGAUGGAAGUGCAGCCGCAGACAGACACUGUAACAGUGAUGGAAAGUGAGGACGCAGAGAACAUAGAAAACAAGCAGCAGCAAAAGAAAAACACCAAGAAAGAGAGUGUUGUGAAAAAGCCCAGCCCACCUGAAGACCAAGGUGGUGUUCCAGUGAAGGGCCUGAGCAACCUGGGAAAUACCUGCUUCUUUAACGCUGUCAUUCAGAGUCUCUCUCAAACACUGCUCUUAAGACAGACGCUCAACAAACUGCCAGAAGAGAAAAUGAGUCUGGACAUUAAACCUGUUGCCCCCUCAGACCUGGAGCCUGUCACGGUGCAGUUGGCUCAGCCAGGAUCCCUGACUCUGGCUAUGUGUGGACUACUUAAUGAGAUCCAGGAAUCCAAGAAGGGGGUGGUGACACCACAGGAGCUGUUCACUCAAGUUUGUAAAAGGGCUCCCAGAUUCAGAGGGUUUCAGCAGCAAGACAGCCAGGAGCUGCUGCGCUACCUUCUAGACGGGAUGCGUGCUGAGGAGCAUAAAAGAGUUAGCACAGGGAUCGUGGAGGCUUUGAAACAAUCCAAGAAAAGCACAGAUGAUGAGCAGCUGAAAACAUUAGUAAAGGAGUACGAGAAAAAUGGGUUUCCAAAAAACUUUGUCGACCAAGUUUUUGGUGGGGAAUUGACCAGCACAAUAAUGUGUCAGCAGUGUAAAACGGUUUCUGUAGUGACCGAAAUGUUUUUGGAUCUUUCUCUUCCCAUUUCUGACGAGGCAAAUAAAAAGAAGAGCCUGAAAAAAGCCUUUCAAAAGACCACUGAGCCGAUCCCAGAUGACAGAAUCAGCCCUGCUCUGACCAACGGGGACGAUGACAAUGACGUUACCAGCGGGGGUGCGAGCAAGUACCAGCAGAAGAAGGCCAAGAAGCAGGCCAAGAAGCAAUCUAAGCAGCAGAAGAGGCAGCAGAAGUUUGAGGACAGAGUCACCUUGGAUCAUCUCACACCUCCGAGCUUUUCAGAGAGCGACCAGAUGGAUCCUUCUCCGAGCACAGAGGACGGGGAAACUGUUGUCACUGAGAUACAUAUGGAAGAAGAUGCAGAAGAAGAACCAGCCCCCCCGAGUGACGCUACUCAAAUCCCUGCCACUGACGUGGGUGCACAGGACCAGGACACAGUCCAGGCUGAGAAAGAAGAGAAAGAAGAAAAAGAAGAGGAGGGCGAAGAUUCAGAAACCGACUCAUCUGCUAAUUCAUCCGUCAGCAACCGGUUUGAAGUCCUGUCGAAGAACCAGGAAUCAGAGGACGGCGUCUUGGAUGACGGCAACACAUCUGACGUGGCGCCGGAGGCAGAGGAAGAUACACAGCUGGUGGAUGACAUGGAGAAAGUCACCCUGGAUGAGGCCUUCAUACAGGACUCGGAUGCUGCGGAUCAAAGCACAGAGGCUGAAGAUGAGCCAGAGGAAGAGAGAGAGUACACUGUCGUGAACCAGGACCCGGAGCUGGCCUUCCACACGCUGGCUUCCAGAACGUCCCCCGAGAAGAUGGCCUGCUCGGUGGAGUCCUGCCUGUUCCAGUUCACUGAGGUGGAAACCCUCACGGAGAACAACAGCCUGUUGUGUGUCACCUGCACCAAACAGCGGGGGAACAAAAACAAAGCUGCAGGAUCCAAGAACAAUGUCUACACCGACGCCUUGAAGCAAAUGCUGAUCUCUUCUCCCCCUCCAGUACUUACCCUUCACAUGAAGAGAUUUAAACAGAGUGGACACGGUAUUAGUAAGGUGAACCGACACGUCCAAUUCCCCCUGAUACUGGAUUUGGCUUCUUUCUGUGUGGAGAAAUGCAAGAACGUGACGGAAGGAGAGACUCGGAUUCUGUAUAGUUUAUUCGGCAUCGUAGAACACAGUGGAACAAUGAGGGGCGGGCAUUACACAGGCUACGUGAAAGUACGACCCGAGGGCCCUAAACCCACAUCCAACGGACACGCAUCAGAUGCAGGAGAUGUGGAGCCAGCCAAAGGAUCCUGGUUCUAUGUCAGCGACACGAGCGUUCAGCCUGCGAGCGAGAACAAAGUCCAGAGUUGCCAAGCCUACCUCCUCUUCUACGAAAGGAUCCUCUGAUCGCACGUGCCUCUCUACUCAGGAAAUUCAAACCAGCCAAUGUUGCUGCUGCUGCUGCUGCUCCAGCUCCAGUUUCUCCAGCUCACCGAUAGAACGGUUCUGGUUCCAGAAGUAAAAGAAUCCCAUUUCAUUUUCUGAAUACAGUCUGAUUAUGAGCCAUAGUAUUGAAACCAUCCAGUGGAGAGCUACCACAGGCUAUGGGCCCCUAACACUGUGACAAUAACGUGAUAAGCUCCUGUAUAAGGCCUCAAGUGAGUAGGAUAGUACCCGCUUUUUAAAAGAAAACAUGUUUUAUUUGUAAUAUCAUGAAGAAAUACUUAAAUACCCACAAUCCUCAGGUGGAAUAGCGACGUCCCCGAUUUUAGGAGCAAGCUGCUGCCCUGAAAAUGUAAACACAAAAGGGCAAUGGAUUCUGGGAUGUGUAGUUUAUUUACCCAAACCAUCCUUGUACCUUUUUUGGUUUUUCAAUAAUUUUAUUUUGGUCAGAAUGAAAUAUUUUUAUGGUCCCGAUUCAAUUCCAGACUUAAACCUCCUUUUAAAUACAGAUUUUUCUGAAUUGGGAAAUUUACUGCUGGAACCAGAACCGCUCUUGAAAAGGUGUUCGUUGUAUUUUUUGCUCUCGACUUGUCAAAGACUCAAACGGGGCUGUGACAAGAUCAAACUGACUCUAAACAUUUUGGACACGUGUUGACAUUUUUUCAUCCCCGGCAAUGUCGUACGCUGCUCCGGGAAUCGAACUGUUUCUCACAUCGACGGGUGAAAAACAAGGACAAUAACUCACAUGCAAGUGGAGACGGACUCUGAACAGAUAUUGGGAUUUGAAUUUCAGGAAGUAGGAGAAGGAUUCGUCAAAGCAAAAUAUUUAUAUGUCUCCUUUUUUUAAAUGAAAAUACAUCAACAUCAUGUAAUUAAAAGCUAACAAAUGAG